UACCACCGCCUCCGCCGCCGCCGCCGCCACUACUGGCACCGCCACCUCCACCCUCUACCUCCACCUCGUUGGACAACGCACAUGCAGAGACUACUGUCACCCACGUUUUGACAUUUGGGCCCAAACGUUGCGGUAAUCCGGCACUGCGGAGGCCUCGGUGUUUUCCAAAUCAGCUGUUAGCCGAUGGUGGAUGGGCGAACAAGCAGCGUCGGAGUAAGGGGAUAUCCAGUCAGUCGCCAACGAGACUUCGUUCCGUGCGCCACGUAGUAGCUCGUGGUUCGCACAUUAACGAGCCGUUACUCGUCAGGGCGCAAUAUUUAACGAAAAACGUAUUGGAAGGAUUAGUGAGCGUGUCCCGGCGUGCUUCACAAGUGCACAAGGGGUACACGCAAAAGUCUAGUACAAGAGGAGCAGUGAAAGUGUGACGUUUACGACAAUUGAAUUAGUGAAAAAGAGUUCGAGAGGAAGAGAUACGGAACGUGAAUUUUUUGACAACGUGUAUAUAUAUAUGUGUGUGUGUGUGUGUGUGUACAUAUAUACACAUACAUAUAAUACAAGACCGUAUCACGUUGCUCGGGUGGCAGAUCUGCGUGAUCGAGCGACCCCGUGUGCCUUGUACGUAGUACAACGUGUGUUACACUCCGGUGGGAGAAUCCUUGAGAGUAUGCAUGCGCAUAGUAGAUGCACUUACUUAUCGUGAUAUUAAUUCAUUGGCAAGAGAGAGAGAGAGAGACAUCUUCGUCGUAACGCCGUCUGAACACAUGGUCGUUGCCACGAAACAAGAUUUUGCUGGAAAGUUCCAGAAAGCUACUGGAUUUUAAAGGAAGAUUUUACGUAUCGAUAAUCUGAAACAGUUCGGCAGUGAGAUUGCUACGAGACGAUUGCAGGAAUACAAGUUAAAAAUAUAUAUUUGGACCAACUCGAAGAAUUUGAGGCAACAGCUGUGGGUGGUAGAGAAAUUGAAACGGUUUAUGGAAAAGUUGAAGAUUUUAAAAGAUCACUACUAACAGUGACUUUCGUAAUAAGUAGUGACUAUCCCGUGUCUUCUACCUCUGAAACAAUCUGGCAAGUCUGAGCGUAUACUUCUUUAUCGACAUACAAGCAAGAAAAAUUGUAUUCCUUGUCACUGGGAAGACCGGCGAAGUCGUAAUCGCCAUUCUGAAAAUUCCAUUUAAUGGCCUUGUACUUGAAGCUAGUCUAUACGUGCUGGACUUUGUGCGUCGUUAUUGUAGCCAAGAAAAUUUUACAUAGAACGCAAGAACUUACCAAACAGAAUUCUCAGUAUCUAAAUAUACACGAUUAAUACGUAUUGAUCCUUACGUAGUCAAUAUUGAUACUAUAAUCACAGGUUUAAGCUGAAGGAUCAUCGAACAGUACAAAAGCACUGUUUGAAGGUUAAGCGGUUGUUACAUAAAGUCGCUCUAGUCGAGCACGCCAGUCGUGCACGAGACAAAGUAUGUCAGUAGGAUGCGCCUGAAAAAUUGUCUCGAUCGACUUUUCCUUCCUCUUUGACAAAACUGCAGAGCCGUCGCAAGGUUUAACGGAAGGAACGUUGGUAAAGUCGAUACAAUACUUAUAUACAGAGCUUUUGUAAAUGCGUAUCCUGUUAGUUUUAUAGUGGAUCAUUGAUUCCUUUUUUACCGACCGUUCAUACCUAUCAACUGUACAACCUGGAAGCAAGAAGCUAGCUUCCUCGUGUCAAUUACCACGGAUCCGUUUGUCCGACAUACCUUUUACUUACACCUCCUACUGUUUGUGAAAUACUGUGACUCGCAGUCGCAAAACCGUGGCCCAAUAACAAAUUGCGUCAUCUGCUGUAACUUAGGAGCGCAGGCGGACAGCCGUGAAGGAAGCGGGUUGAGCGAGCAAUGCUGUGAAAUCAUUUCGCCGAAGUGUCUCCUUUGCCCCUGAGCUCCUUUCUCGUUGCUGAUACUAUAAGAACGUUACAAUACGGGAACAACGAUAGCUGGGCUACUUGGUGUCUCAGUAGUUUGGCUUUUACAUGCAUGUCAGAGCUCAGGUCACCGAGGAGGAUUUCCUGGAUUCGUAGCAUCGUUACAGCCGCUGCCACGGACAGUUUCGCUGCAACUGAAAAACGGAUUGGACAAUACAGUUGAUAAGUGUUAAAAGAAUCGUUCGACUAAGAGUUGCCACGGAAGAAUAUUCGUCGGUGAUUUUUAAAAAAUUCUUGUUAGUGACUGUCAUUGGAGUUUUACACAUCCCAGAUACAAGAAGAUGAUCCUCAGGAUGUUGUGACGUUCAUUCUUAAUACUUUGUUUUAACUGGAGAUCAUCCGGUUAGUACAAAACGAAAGUGAUUGAUCAGUGAUCUACGUGAAGCGUCAUCCUCAAGAAAUCAUACUCGCAGCUGUGUCACCAUGAAAAAUCCUGAGCACGAGAGUGGCUAUUUCGAGGAUGGCAGCGACGUGGAGAUCAACGUCGACGAGCACCACGUUCUUAACGAACAGAGAAAACGCGGUUCCGGUUCCUAUGGGAUUACAAAAGCUAUAAACGAGUUAGAUGUCAGCGAUUCGCCUGCUUCGCCUGAACCCAUUACGUUGGAAGGAAGAUCCCGAGUCAAUCUGGCGGACAGCGGAGGGCAGAGGGUGGACAUGACCCAUUUUGAUCUGCUCAAAGUUCUGGGAACUGGAGCAUAUGGAAAAGUAUUUCUGGUGCGGAAGAGAACGGGGGCUGAUGCGGGUCGUCUUUAUGCAAUGAAAGUCCUAAAAAAAGCGUCCAUCGUGCAGAAAAAGAAAACGACGGAACACACGAAAACGGAGAGACAAGUUUUGGAAGCUGUUCGGGACAGUCCGUUUUUAGUGACGCUACACUAUGCUUUCCAGACGGAUGCCAAGCUUCACUUAAUAUUAGAUUACGUUAGCGGCGGCGAGCUGUUUACACAUUUGUAUCAACGCGAACAUUUUACGGAGGACGAGGUGCGCAUUUACAUUGGAGAGAUUAUUUUGGCCCUUGAACAUCUUCACAAGUUGGGUAUAAUUUAUCGCGAUAUUAAGCUGGAAAAUAUUCUUUUGGAUCGCGAGGGUCAUAUCGUGCUGACAGAUUUUGGACUCAGCAAAGAGUUUCUGCCGCACGAGAGGGACAACAAUGCACGUGCUUACUCAUUCUGCGGUACCAUCGAGUACAUGGCACCGGAAGUCGUGCGAGGAGGAUCCGCCGGACAUGAUAUCGCUGUGGACUGGUGGAGCGUCGGCGUCCUGACUUACGAACUACUGACAGGCGCCUCGCCUUUCACGGUCGAAGGCGAAAGGAAUACUCAACAAGAGAUAUCGAGAAGAAUCUUAAGGACAGAACCGCCAAUUCCUGGUCACCUGAAUCCGGCUGUACGGAAUUUUAUAACACGACUACUGGUGAAGGAUCCGCGACAGAGAUUAGGCGGUGGUCCACGUGACGCUAAGGAACUUAAGGAACAUCCCUUCUUCAAGAAAGCGCCACCGCCUUUCAGUUGGGAAGCCUUGGAAUCUCGACAAAUCACUCCUCCCUUUGUGCCUCGCAUCGUCCAUGAAUUGGAUACCAGCAAUUUUUCUGAUGAAUUUACGAAAAUGGUAGCGGCAGACAGUCCCGCGGUGGUACCGCCCAACUAUGAUAAAAUCUUUAGGGGUUAUUCGUACGUCGCGCCAUCUAUACUCUUCGGCGAGAAUGUCGUCAGUGAAGAAAUCUUCAGAGACGCAGCCAAAGUCAACCCUGAGGUACAGCGUCCUUCGGCGUCGGACGUCCUGGCGGCGCGUUUCGAAGAAUCAACCUUCUUCCAGCAUUACGACUUGGAUCCACGCGAAGAGGCGUUGGGCGAUGGAAGUUUCUCCGUUUGCCGAAGGUGCCGACACCGUCUGUCGCAUCAGGAGUUCGCCGUGAAGAUCGUUAGUCGAAGAGUAGACUGUGGUAGGGAAGCCAGUCUGUUGCGUGCUUGCCAGGGUCAUCCUAAUAUAGUUAAGUUGAUAGAGGUCCAUCAGGACAGAGCACACACAUAUCUCGUAAUGGAGUUACUUUCCGGCGGCGAAUUGUUACGACGACCAAGGCCAUUUUCUGAGAGUCAAGCCAGUCGCGUGAUGCGGCAGUUAGCCUCGGCCGUUCGUUUCAUGCAUUCACGCGGUGUCGUCCAUCGGGAUCUUAAGCCAGAAAACUUAGUCUUCGCGCACAGUGGUGAGGACUCGUGCAUAAAAAUCGUAGACUUUGGAUUUGCGCGAUUAAAGCGAGGACGGGAAUCGCUGCAUACGCCUUGUUUCACACUUCCUUACGCGGCGCCGGAAGUCCUGGCUAGACAGGGUUACGACGAGAGCUGCGACCUCUGGAGUCUCGGAGCAAUUUUGUAUUCCAUGCUAGCCGGAAGUCCACCGUUUCGUACAGGCUCACCCGACCUAGCCUCUCGCAUAAGAGCAGGCGAAAUAGACUUCGAGAGCAAUGCCUGGAGCCACAUCUCAGCAGCCUGUAAAGAAGUAGCCAAGGGACUUCUGUCGGCAGAUCCAAGUAAAAGAUUAACCGCUUCCGCCCUAGCUAAUCACGAGUGGCUAAUAGGAUCAAAUGAAUCUCCCGAUGCAGCCAACAGCGACGUACCAGCCGCCAUCGUGGCAGUCGAGAAGCACGAAGGUUUCCGUUUGCGCGAAGUCGACGGUGCCAAGCUGGCACAAAGACGUAAAUUGCACAAAAGAUCAACCUCCAGUUCAGUAUCUUCUUCCACGUCCACAACGUCUUCGAGUCCCUCGGUUCAAUUGUUACGACCUCCCAGUGCGACCACGACGACCACCACCUCAGCCUCCCCGGCACAGCCGAACGCCUUUGACUUUGGAGAGGACAAGGUUAACGAAUAUCUGAGUUCUCUGUCUUCCUCGUCGGAUUCCAACUCGCCCAGGAUCGUUCACCAGACGGAAAGGGGCGAAGCUGUCGAGGGUCCCAGGUCGAAGAGACGUAAACGCGAGCUAGAGUCCAAGCAAAGCGACAGCAGUAGCGGUCCGGUAACUCGUUCAAGGAAACGUAAACUGGAGCAGAAUGCCAGCGGGUCGGACAGUUCGGUAGAGUCGGCGGAAUCGACGUGCCGUCUCGUUAAGCACGAUCAGGCGAAUGUCCAUCGAAAGCAAAAAACCGGAAAGCGGCCCAAACGCCUUGCCACAAUUAUAGUCGAGUAGAAAACUAAAUUGCAUUCGUUCAGUAAUUAUUCAUUUCGUUUCCUAUGCAUUUUCCGUGACGCGAAUUCAAUAACGCUACCUUCUCUUCUCGGCACUUGCGCGCGCAGAGAGGACGCGGACAUUGCAUCAUUCCUAUCUCGAGUACUUUUCAACGUUGUACAUAGAUACGUUUGAUUUUAUGCUCCUUAAUGGUCUUUUUGCCCCUCGCCAGGUCUGGUUGUAUUUACGAUUUCUAACGAUUUACUCGUGCGCUAUUCAUUUUUAUAAAGGUUCCUGGGCGGAGUGAGGGAAGCGGAUAUGGCUGUUGUAUUAUAGCAUAGAGGCCAGGGCCGUAUCGUUGCAUAUGAGAACCUCUCCAUAUCUCGGCGGUUAACAUUAAUUACAAUAAUAACGAUAAUAGUGAUUUACAUUACUCGUACAGAGUCAAGUGAUCCUCUUUACAUUGCAAUGAGAUGCAAGCGCUUGGGAAAUAAAUCACGGAUUGAUCUUCCCGUCGUUCUACGUUCUUUUUUUUUCUAUUUCUUUUUUUUUUUCGUUCAUUCUCAAUUGGAUCAGCUGUGAUUGGCAAAUUACGUGAAACGGAGUAACGAUUAUCGCAAAUAUUGUAUACGUGCCUCGGAAACGAUAUUUAAGGAUGAUAAUGUCACACGCGGUUGUAAGUGUGCACAGGGAAGGAAUGAGAGAACGAUGCGACUGAUGCGACUGAGGAAAGUGGGUCUGAACGGAUAAUAAUAUUUAUUCUUAAAUACUUUUCUCUUAUCGUCUGCUAAGGGUAACACGACACUAUCGUAGCAUAAUGAGAGAAUUUCGAAUGAGAAAAUUAUAGUGCGAUUUCAAUACGAUUCUAUAGCGAGAUGCUUAUUCAACUCGGUUGAAUAAAUCGUUAAACAAUGCACGAACGACUGAGGUAUUGAGUCCCUAGUGAAGAUUGAGUGAGAUAGAGAGAGAGAUAGAUAGAGAGAAAGAGAGAUUACUCGCUCGCCCUAUUUUCUUGCGUAAUGGUUACCUAAAUUAAAUUCAAUACCGAGUCACAGAAUUUUACGAACUCAACGUUCCUUCCUCACGUUUAAGCCGCUUCGCACGUUUAUCUAAUUCGCACGAUUUAAUAUCCCAACAUUCAAUCCGAAUAAUGAAUUUAUGUGCCUCUGCGUUCCCUCGUUUUACCUGACGCGCGGUGACGAUUGUGAACAAGUGUAUUAGGAAAAGAAAAAAAAAAGAAAAAAAAAUGGCAAAGACUGAAAAGGUUGUAUUACCAACUCAGGGAACAGAUAUGCUUACAAGAGACGUCUUUACGAUAUCUAUAUGAGAUAAGCGUCCACGAACGCCGUACGCACACCUCUACCAAAGACGACUGAAGCAAUGCUGCGCCGUAAGACCAAAAAAAGAAGUUAAUAAAAAAAAAAAGAAA